AUGGAAGAUAACGACAAUAAUUUGGAAUUAAGCUAGUCACAGAUAGAUGAUUCCUAUGUUUUAUAGUGCUAGGAACAACAAGAAAAUGAAAUUUCUUUAAGCCAAUAAAGUGCAAGCCAAUUAUCACAAACUCAUGAUUCUAGAGUAGUCAAGACUGUCAGAAGUCUUAAAAAUGAUAUUACCAGAAGGCCAGAAUCAGCAGCAUCCAAAGGAUAAAGCUCAUAAAUUCUUAAGUUAGCUACUAAUAAUCCCAUAAUUGGAAGACAUGAUACUUCUAAAAUCUUGUUAAAGUCGCAAAAGGAUAUUAAUUUGACAUCUGGAUCCAACGUGUAUAAUGAAAACAUAUGUUCUCCUACAAUGCAACCAAUUAUCCUGCAAAAUAAUAACUCUUAGAAAGAAAAUUAAUCAUCUGUUGUUUCAAACUCAAAUAUGUCUUCGAAAAUACCCAUUCAUAACGCCAAAUCAUAACCAAGAACCUCAAAUUCCAAGCAAAGAGAUGUGAAUAUAAGAAAGCAUAAGACAAACAUGACGCCUGUAAAGAAUGGUUCCCUUUUAAAGCAAAAGUCUGUUAUUGUUCCUGCCCCUAAAGAGCCAUAAUAAUAGCUUACAAAGCCCAUUGAAGAUAUUCUCAUAGAAUAGUCAAAGGACAAAGUUUAUGAGUGUGUUAGAAACUCAAACUAAAUUCAUGAGAUGCUAGAAUAGAAUAACAUUGAAAAAGGAGAGAUGAUUGAGAUGCUUUACCACAAUAAAUUAUUCAAAUAUUAACUAGCCAAGAUGUUGUUUACAAUGAAAAUGAUAGUAAAAAAGAAAAUAGAGGACUAUGUUAUUUAAAAGAUCGAGGAAAUAAUCAGAGAGAGAAAUAUUGAUAAGAAACUAAUGCAGAAAUUUGGAAAUAUUCAGGAUAGAAUAAACAAGAGAAUGAUGAAAUUAUAAAAUUUGGCAGCAUUAUAUGGAUGA